AUGCUGAAAUCGGCUUCAUCGUUGGCAAAACGCCUUUUGCUAAAUUCACAGUCCUUUAGGUUGUGUAGCUCCACUUCGAGCUCCCCAGUCCCAGCUGUAGUCCAUUCAGAAGACGAGCCAGUUGUGCUGGAAAGUAAUCCAUAUACAAAAGAGCCUCGAAAAUGUCUUCUGUGUUCUACUGGAGUUGAACUCGACUAUAAGAAUUCAAGAUUGCUUCAGCAAUUCGUUUCGACUUUCUCCGGCCGCGUGUACGAUCGGCAUAUAACUGGACUCUGCGACGAACAACAAAAAAAGCUCAUCGAAGCUAUUGCAAAAUCUAGACGCGCCGGAUUUAUGCCCAUUUUCGUGAAAGAUCCGAAAUACGCCAGAGAUCCAAAGCUGUUUGAUCCACUGAAACCAAUCCGACCACAUUCAUUUGCCUAA